AUGGACAGCAUUCGAGCAAAGCUCAAGCGUCGUCUCAGCCACAAAGACAAAGAACCAAUAAACUUUGACGAGCAUGAUUCGGCCGAUGAAGAAACCAUGGACUAUGUCACCAAAGAGGCCGAUGAUGCAGAGAAAGAAGGCCACGACGCAGGCAAGCCAGGAAGCUUCUUGAACCGAUUGAUCCUGCAUGGCAACAAAAAGACCGAAGAUCAACUCGCUCGCGAACAGGCAGCAGCGGCAAACCCAUCGACCGGCGGUGCUGACAGACACGUCACUCAACAAUGA